AUGGCCAGGAUCGCCUCUAUCGAACUUACCCAGGAGGGCCCGGUCCGGGUCAAGCCUGUGAUCAUCUUUGACGGCGAGGGUCUGCACCAUGCCAUGCGUCGCAAUGUGGAGUUGGCUGGAUUUGUCACCCCGACACCAAUCCAAAUGUACUGUCUGCCUGCCACCAACGAUGGCCACAAUGUCAUCGGUGUCACCCAGACUGGAUCUGGCAAGACCGCCGCCGACGUGGUACUGAUUCUCAACAAGCUGACGGACUCCGAGUACAUCGUCAACCAGUGCACUAAGAAUAAGAGCGCCGUGGAGAAUGAGACCACCAGCCGAGCCGUGCUAGCCAGUCAAGAAAUUCUCGGAAACUGCGGGCUGUUUUCUGAAUUGGGUCUCGGCAAGACCAUGAGCAUCAACCUCGAAGAGCCUCUUCUUAAACUACCACGAUCAACGACUUCCAGCGGCUACGGACCAUAUUGGACCUGCUGGCGCAACUCCUUGGCAAAUUACAACUCCCAGGGCAUCGUCCCACUAUCAAGAUGUUCUGCUCCUUUUAUGGUGUCUGACGAGCGUCUACUCUGGCACCUUAGACUCGCGUUUGCUCAUCAGCUUGCAGCAGCUGAGAGAUGCAAAGUCAGCCAUGUUCUGCCUGACCAUACUCGUUGUGGAAAGCCGGAUGAGCGUGCUGUCUCCGGAUUGCCGGCCGGGCUUGUUCAGCAGGGCUACAACCUGUGUCAAAAGUCUACUCCCAGGAGUGUCAGCAGCAGCAACCCUCAAGCGCCCUGA